CAACUUUGUUCCCAAAGGUGACCUCUAGUCACAGAUCAUACCAGUUACUACCGGUAACCUAGACGUACGCACACUCAGAUCGAAGGACACUCAGGACGAACAGACAACAGCUAGAGACGUCUUCUACUCUUCCCCGAGUCUUCAGGGUUCUUGUGUCGCGUGAGGGAGCGGUGUUGUGAGGUUGUGUGGACGCUAUGGCUGAAGAGGACUGCCGGGUGUUGUUGGUACAGAGCCACGUGGUGUCCGGAUACGUGGGAAACAAAUCUGCCGUUUUUCCCUUGCAGGUUCUUGGGUUUGAGGUGGAUUACAUCAACUCUGUACAAUUUUCCAACCACACAGGGUACAAGAGUUUUAAGGGUCAGGUUCUGAAUGCUGAUGAGUUGAGGGAACUAUUUGAUGGCCUGAAGGCCAACAACAUCAACAACUACAGCUACCUGGUUACUGGGUACAUCGGUUCUGUGUCAUUCCUGGAGGGGGUUCUUGAAAUGGUGAAGGAAUUCAAGAAGGUCAAGCCAGACCUACUGUAUGUAUGUGACCCUGUGAUGGGAGACAGAGGCUUUAUGUAUGUUCCCAAAGAGCUGCUGCCUGUGUACCAAGAGAAGAUCAUCCCUCAUGCAAACCUCAUCACACCUAACCAGUAUGAGGCUGAGUUGUUGACUGGCAUGAGUAUUAAGACCAAGGCGGAUGCUAUCCAGGCGAUGGACAUGUUCCAUGAGAAAGGUGUGCAGUCAGUGGUCCUGUCCAGCUGUGAGUUUGACUCCAGUGAUACCCUGGUCCUGCUAGGCAGUCAGAUCAAUGGUGGUGAGAAGAAGAGGAUUGAGUUAGAGAUGCCCAAGUUGAACCUGAACUUCACCGGCACAGGUGACCUGUUCACGGCAUGUCUGUUGGCCUGGGUGCACAAACAUCCCAAGGACUUGGCUACUGCCUGUGAGAAGACCAUCGCCACAAUGCAGGCUGUUUUACAGAGGACAUUGGAUUAUGCACGAAGAGUGGCAGGUGAGGGUAACAAGCCGACGGCCGCACAGCGAGAGCUUCGUCUCAUCCAGAGCAAGAAGGACAUCGAAGAGCCGUCGGUUACAAUAAAGGCCAAACCUCUUUAACCCACAACAAACAUGUAGAUAUCUGGCAGGGCUCAAAUAACAAACAUUACCAUAGCAUGUGAUAAACUGAGAUAUGUAAAUUUCUUCCCUUAUAAAUUUUGACAUUAGAGAUGUCAUGAGCAAAAAAAAAUACAGAUAUCAGGGAUUUAACUGUUAAUUACACAUAGAGCAUUACUGGCUGAUUGGAAUUUGGUUCCUUUUGAAUUUGAAACCACAUUAAUAUUUGUCAAAAUUUGUAAGUUCUGAUGCCAAAGCAGUAUCUAAUUUGUAAACUGGACUUUGAAUGUUACCUUGGUCAAUUGUAUAAUAUUGUGGCAUUGAUAAUUUAAUGGCAAUCUAUUACAUUUGUAUAACUUAUGAUUAUGCUGGGCACCCUAAGACUUCCAAAUUGAAAAAUAUAUUAUGUAAUCAUUAAUUAAUCAAUAAUUAUGAACUUUUUCUAUCUGUGGUUGAAGUUAUCACUGUUUGAGCCUUGCCAAGAUAAAGGUACAAGUAAAUAUCAACAAAAUACUGUACCUGCAGGCUACACAUAAACCAGGGGCCAGAGGGCAAGACAUUUGCCAACAAUAGAUAAAUGUUAAAUAUACUAUUCCUUGAGCUUCAGUUUAGAGUAUUUUAGAUAAAAAGAUGUAGGAACAAAUGUCUAUAAAUCGUGCUAUGAGUACCGAUAUGGUAGGAAAGUCUAGAUUGGACCCUACUGUCUGGCAUGCUUGAAAAAUGUUGUUAAUGUGACCAAUCAGCACCUUCCUUCUUUUUUUAAAACUGGAAAAUUGUGCAUCCAUCUAAAUACUUGAGUAAGAAUAAUCCCAAUUGACCAGAAACUUGGAGGUAAUUUUUGCUUGAUAGCAUUCCUCAGGAUGAAUAGUUUUAAAGACGCACAAAAAUGCAAAAAUUGGAAUAAUAUUUUAAAAUUUUGAUUCUUGAUAUAGCAAACAUUGCAAGAGGUGAAGCAUUAGUACAAGAAAGCACACACUAUUGUGCACUUUACAACAUAAAAGCCCCCAAAGCCAGUAAUACAUAGAUGUACACUACUUUUUCAGAUUCUUCUCAAUUUCUUUUUGCAAAUCUUCACUCUGCAAAGUCUUGUGCGUUUUUCUGUGCAGAAAUAUGAAAUGGAGUGUCCACGAGGAUCUACAUGUGGGUUGGGAGUAGACUGGAAUCCAGCAAAAGUUUGAUCACAGAACAUGAACUUUCUGACUACACAGUGUACUUCCAACUGAAAUUCUGGUUGAUGCAGAGGACGUUUAGCAUAAAAAUUAUGCAAAUGUUGCUGACCAACUCCCAAUCACAGAUAGCCUUGCUCAUGACUAGCUCCUACCUUGGUCUAGGGCAAAUUGGAAAAUUUUGUGUGGUCAAGGUGUGACAGGCUUUAGUCAUAAGAAGGCGUAUUCACAAAAUGAUAUGUUUCUCAAGACAUAUUUUCCUGGCUACAGAAAUAUUCUUGAAUGUAUAACUCGGAAAAUGUAUGUAUCAUGGUGAUGUUAAAGUUAUUGGUGGAAGGUUCUCUUAAAUAGGUGCAGUUUAUGAAUAAUGAAAUGUGUGAAGUAUCAUGUAUUUGACUUGAUAUUAUUAAAGACUGAAGUCAUGGU